AGACAUGGACAAAGAGGCUAAUAUUAUUACCACUCUGAAUAGCUCAUCUCCAAAGAGGAAAGGUCAUGUCAAUGCUGAGAAGAUAGCUGUUUUAAAUGCAUGGCAUCGAGUUGAUUGUCGAACAAGAGAGGCACUUCGCCGUAGCUUUCUUUCAGAACUGAUUGAGGGCUAUGAGGAUUGCAUACGGGCCUUCAUUAACGAGAGUGGAGAUGGAGAUGUGCUUGUGCUGAAGGUUCAAGAUUAUUUUGAUAGGUUGUUGCUGCAUGGUGUCUGUGAAUUCUACAAUUUGGUCUCAAUAACAGUUACAGAAUCGAAGGAUUCGGAGUCAAUGAAGAUGACAAAGAUAAAAAAGAAGAAAAGGGUUUCGCCCGAGCUCCCAAACAUUACCCUGUCCCAUUUUCUGAAAAUGUCCAAGGAAGGAAUCUGGUAAAAGUUUCGCUAGCCAGGAUUCUCCUAUUCAUGAUGGAUAUAAAUAAGGUUGUGUAUAAUAAUAUGAUUUAAUUGUGAAACUUCAUGUAUCUUGAUGAAGCAAUUUGAUUUCCCUGUCUCAAUUAUCUACUGUCAACUAGUUCAUUGACAGGUAGCUUUAAAAAACUGGGUUCUAUGUAGUCACCAAGUCAACACAAGAUUAGUGUUUAUCAAGGGCAUUAGCCUGUUUCUUUAUGCUGAUGUGGAAGCUGUUCUUUUUUACUGGAUAA